AUGGCCGACAUGGAUGUAGAUCCCCCCGCCUCUACCGUUGCAAAGAGCGGCGACAAAGACGACGCUAAGAAGCGAUUCGAAGUGAAGAAGUGGAACGCCGUUGCUCUUUGGGCAUGGGAUAUUGUUGUGGACAAUUGUGCCAUCUGCCGAAACCACAUCAUGGAUCUCUGCAUUGAUUGUCAAGCCAACCAAGUUUCCGCCACCAGCGAGGAGUGCAAUGCCGCGUGGGGUAUCUGCAACCAUGCGUUCCAUUUCCACUGCAUCUCACGGUGGCUCAAGACAAGGAACGUCUGUCCCCUCGACAACAGAGAAUGGGAGUUGCAGAAGUACGGUCGUUAA